AGCAAGUUGCUGCUCCUGCUGCUGUUUCUAUCUCAAAAGUAACCAUAACUUGACGGUUGAUUUUGUCACUAUCACCAUAUCCCUGUUUUUCACCUUAACUCAACUGACUCUUACAAUCCCCCACUUACCUUUAAUUAAAAAAUUCAAUUCAACUAAGUUAAAGUCUAACCUCAUUAAUAAUAAUAAAAACUAGUCAUGAUGUUCCAUCGAAGAAAAAAAGAAUCAAACACUUUACCUCUAUCGAACACACAACAACAACAACAAUCACAAACAUCAUCAAUGCCUUCUAAUUCUAAUUCUAGUUCUACACUUUUCAGAUUUAGAACUUCACUAACAUCUUCAUUCAAAUCUUUCCUUUUAGUUCUUUCUUUACUUUUAAAUUUUUAUUUCCUUUUAAUUAUGUGGACCCCAUACUCAACUAACUUAUCUCCCGCCGCUGUUGUUUCCCGUCUUUCACCAACCACGCGCCGCCAUGUUCUCUUCGCCGUCGCUUCCUCUUCUCUCUCAUGGCCGCACCGUCAGUCCUACGUUAAUCUCUGGUAUUCACCUAAAUCGACACGCGCCCUUGCUUUUCUCGACGCGCCGCCUUCGAAUAUAUCUACGACGUCGCCGCCGGUGGUGAUAUCCGGCGAUGCUUCUGGAUUUCCGUACACGUUACAGGGAGGACUUAGGUCGGCGAUCCGUGUGGCGAGGGUAGUGAAGGAGGCGGUGGAUAGAAACGAAUCGGAUGUUCGGUGGUUCGUGUUCGGCGACGACGACACGGUGUUUUUUGUGGAGAAUGUGGUGAGGACACUUUCGAAGUAUGAUCAUGAUAGGUGGUUUUAUAUUGGGAGUAAUUCAGAAAGCUAUGAACAGAACACGAUGUAUUCGUUUGAGAUGGCGUUUGGAGGAGGGGGUUUUGCUAUUAGUUACUCGCUUGGUAAGGUUUUAGCUAGGGUUUUGGAUUCUUGUUUGAGGAGGUAUGGGUUUUUGUAUGGAAGUGAUGCUAGGAUCUAUUCUUGUGUUGCUGAGCUUGGUGUAAUGUUAACACAUGAACCUGGCUUUCAUCAGUUAGAUAUGCGGGGGAAUUUGUUUGGGAUGCUGGCUGCACAUCCAAUAUCGCCUUUGUUAUCCCUUCAUCACAUGGACGCCGCAGAGCCUCUCUUUCCUGACAUGAAUAGAACACAAUCCUUGGAACGUCUUAUCGCAGCUGCAAAUGUUGAUCCUGCGAGGAUUCUGCAGCAAACUGUCUGCUAUGAUCGUUCGAAAUCUUUGACUUUCUCAGUUUCUUGGGGUUUCGCUAUCCAGGUUUAUCAAGGAAAUGUACUUCUACCUGAUCUACUUGCGGUGAAAAGAACUUUUGUGCCAUGGAGGAAAGUUCAUUCCAAUUUCAUGUUCGACACAAGAGACUAUCCUAGAGAUCCUUGCAAAAGGCCUUUGAUAUUUUUCUUGAAAAGUGUUAGAUCUGAUAAAAGUGGCAUUUGGAGCAAUUACAGUAGGCAUGUAGAAAAGAAGUGCUCUAAACCAAAUCCUAUACAGCUGAGGGAGAUCAAGGUUUUUUCAAGAAAGCUGGAUCUUAGCAUUGAAGAGAUGAAAGCUCCUCGUCGUCAAUGCUGCAACGUUUUGCCAUAUUCAAAUGAAUCAAUCAGUAUACAUAUUAGACGGUGUGAAAUCGAUGAACUGAUAUCCAUGGAAACAUAAUAUUAUUUUCUGUGAGUUGCCACCCUUGAAAGCUUUGAAACUUUCACUAGCUUGAAUGCUUGAUGGAGUUUGGUCCGACGUUGAAUCUGGUAUAAGGUUGAAUGAUGCAUCUUCACGAAGGAUGAUCUCAGAACCUUGUUUCAAUAGGAUACUCAUUUAGAACUUGAACCUUUUUAUUGGUUUCAAAGAUGGAUGGAAUGUGUAAAAAAGAUUUCUUUCAACCUUCAUGGUUUGCAAUCAACUUUGACAUGUCAUUCGACAAGGGACACCUCCAUAGGACUGCAAGCAAUAUGACACUAAGUUUAUGUCCUGUUUGCGGUUAAGAAAGAUUGUAGAUCGAUUUGCCGAAGAAAAAUAUGUACUCAAAGAUAACUAUAGAUCAUGUUGGUGAUCAAUAACCUGAAAAUCGGUCAAUAACCUGUCACUGGUUGUGACUCACAUCUCGUCUGAGUUGUGUGGCUUGUUUUUUCGAUUCACUAUGUAGCUGCAUUUUUCAAAUGGCUUUUUGUCCUGCAGUUGUACAUAUUAUUAGUGUAUUCAUAUACACUUUUGAUUCACAAAGUUUCAUGGAAGCUCCAAUGUUUGGAGUGAGGUAACCUCUCAACCAAAGGACAAUUUUUACGCUGGGUUGUGAUCCCAAAGAGGACCAUCAUGUCUGAACUCUCAAUGUAGGCUAUAAGCUAGUUGGAGAUUCAUUUUGAAAUUUUGUAAAUGUGUUAUAACUGUUUGCUUGUUGCAAAGGUGAUACUUUUUAUGCACAUGAGAUAUGAUUCCGAUUUAUAUCUUGUAAAGAAAGUCAGAAAUAUCUGAAAGUGGUUAGUUAAAAUUUUAAUGCAUGAGAUGUGAAUUAGGUUCUCAUUUGGUCA